AUGCCCUGGGUUCAUGGCAAGAAUCAUCAGCGACAAAGCGAGGAAAACCAGGAAUGCCCUGAAAUAUACUUAACUUUGGGUAACAACAGCAGCUUGGGCACCGGCAGUGAAAGAGGUGAAAAUACUGAGCAAUCACAUCAUCAACCUCCUCCUGUGGAUGAUGCACCACAAUACAUUGUCACAGGUUCACUCAAUCAUAGUUCUGCAGUGCAAAGCCCGACAAAUCCUGGAGCAUUUGGGACGUUAAAUCCGAUCCCGACUACAGACAAUAUAGAAGAGGGAGCUGAGAUUUUAUACAAUAGUGUGGCUAAAAAUGGAAUGUCAAAUGAGAAUGAGGAUGAAAGUUUGCCUAUUGCAUUGGAAAUGACAUCCAAUCACUACUACAAACCAGUUUUAUCUAACUUCAGUAGUGCCAAACCUGCCAUAGAUUAUUAUGCCAGUUUAUCAAAUAAUCGGCAACAACAAUCAGAUGACUUCUUGGAUUAUCUACCAGAGAUGGAUGACUUUGUUCACGACUUUCCCGAAGUUCCAGAUGGAUUGGCUAUUAAACCGAGCUCAUCCUUGCAACAAUGUUUCUUUGAAAUUGACCAUGUCUUCACUGACCAGCGAUUACAGAACCAAGAGGUGAAUGGGGGUCAAGAACAUCCUAUUUUCCUAGUAGAUGCUGAACCUUCCAUAUACAGGGACUAG